GCCUGCUCCCCUUCCCCUCCAUCUUCUCCUCCCUUCGCCGCUCCUCUACUCUACCCUCCCUCCCUCUCUCCUUCGCGCUCUCCUCUCGCCGGACCUCCUCGGCGGCCGGCCUGCCGGCGAGAACCCCCGCAACGCGCGGCGUGGGGAAGCCUCCCCCCUCUCCCUGACCCGGUCCUGAUCCUACCCCGCCGCGCGGCCUCUUCCUCCUCCUCCUCGCCGGCGAGGAGAGAGUGGGUGUUUCUUGAAGCGGCUUUGACCUCCUUCCAACUGGCUCCCGUCUCGGGUGGGGGGAUCGAGUUGAAGGCGUCCGCCCUCCCUUGCCUCGGCUGCUGCAAGCGCGAGCUCGCUUGACCCACCCCCAGCGGGCGGCUGGGCUUCCUCCCCCGCGGCGGCGCGCGCGCGAUGAGCUGCGGCAGCGAUGGCGGGUGUAGGGAUGGUGGUGGCAGCGAGGAGUUCAGGCGGCCGCGGCCGAGCAAGGUCGCGGCGGGGGACUUGGUGGAGCCGGCGCGCUGCUCGGACGCCGCCGCAUCGCCGGCUUCUUGGAUUGACAAGAAGCUGCUUGUUGACCCCAAGAAUUUGUUUAUCGGAUCCAAAAUCGGGGAGGGAGCUCAUGGCAAGGUCUACAAGGGGAAGUAUGGUGAACAAAUUGUAGCAAUAAAGGUUCUUAACAAUGGCACCACUCCGGAGGAAAAGGCAACCCUUGAAGCUCGUUUCAUUCGAGAAGUAAAUAUGAUGUGUAAAGUGAAACAUGACAAUCUUGUGAAGUUUAUUGGAGCUUGCAAGGAACCAUUAAUGGUUAUUGUCAGCGAGUUAUUGCCGGGGAUGUCACUGAAAAACUACUUGAACAGCCUUCGGCCCAGCCAGUUAGAUAUCCAUACUGCAAUUGGCUAUGCACUGGAUAUAGCUCAUGCAAUGGAAUGUUUGCAUGCGAAUGGAAUAAUACACAGAGACCUGAAACCUGAUAAUUUGUUGCUCACUGCAAAUCGUAAGAAGCUGAAGCUUACUGAUUUUGGUCUUGCACGAGAAGAAACUGUGACUGAAAUGAUGACAGCUGAAACAGGGACAUACCGCUGGAUGGCCCCAGAGCUAUAUAGCACUGUUACUCUUCAACGUGGUGAGAAGAAGCAUUACACAAAUAAAGUGGAUGUGUACAGCUUUGGCAUUGUUCUGUGGGAACUGUUGACUAAUAAAAUGCCAUUUGAAGGCAUGUCAAAUCUACAAGCUGCAUAUGCUGCUGCUUUCAAGCAAGCGCGCCCACCCCUUCCUGAGGAGACCCCUCAGGAGCUUGUGUUCAUUGUGCAGUCAUGCUGGGUCGAGGAUCCUGCCAUGAGGCCUAGCUUCAGCCAGAUCAUCCGCAUGCUGGAUGCUUUCCUCAUGACAAUACCUCCACCACCUCCUUCAGAAUCAAACGAAGACGUGGAAUCGGAAGAAACAGCGUCAUCGCUGAAUGGCAAGAACUCUGCUGUCUCUUCUAUCGUUUCUCGCGCGACAAGCAAGCUCUCGGUCGUCCGCCAUCUCUUUGCCUCAAAGAAGGCUGGGAAUGGGAGGACAUAAACAAAGCUCUCGGAGGUCUCAGUCGUCGUCCGCCAUCUCUUCGCCUCAAGAAGGCAGGCAAUGGGAGGACAUGUGAUGCAUGUCCUGAGACGGUUUCCCUUUGGUGCUGUAAAGAGUUAGCUUAGGUUAUGUGUAAAACAAGAGGGAUCUUGUUCAGUGUAGGAUAGCUGUUGUAUUGAUGACACAAAGGAAAUUAAGUUGAAAUGCAACUCAUGCAAGCUAUAUGUAUAGCUGGCAGCUGCUUUACCACUA